AUGUUGCCUUUUGUUUUGGCAGCCAAAUACCCAAAACCCCUUUUCUACCCAUCUUGUUUCCACUGCACCAAUAGUGCUCACGGAGUGGGUGCUAGCAAGGAAGGGCCCGUGCCAUUGUCUAGGUUUCUUCCUUCGUUGAUUUUGCUCGAGCUGCUGGAAAGGUACACGCAUCUUGGGCAUAGGUGUAGACUGAUGCUUGGCCUAGGCUCUCUUUUUUUUUCUUUUCUUGAGAACACAUGCUUGAUCGAUUAUGGAAUUCUGCGUGUGUUGCCUGUGGAGGAAGACAGAGUGCAUGUACCCAUUAUGGCAUCCGGUAAUCCACCAUUUAUCAUAAGGGAUCAUCUUUACUCCGUAGAUGACAAGUUGAAGAGAGGGAGACCUCCUCCUUUGCUUAAGGGUACCGACGAGGAUGUAAUUAUUGAUGAAGAACCAGCGCCAGAAGCUACUUCAGUGAUUGACCCUGCAUCCGUAUCAAGGUGCUGCAUAGAAAGGGGUCUGUUUCCGGCAGUUCCUUUGUUCUUUCAAUAUCCCUGCAGCACCAGCAAGGGUUGGUCGGAGUGGGUUGAUGCUGAACUGAAGAACCCAUCUACCCGUGAUAUCCUAAGCCGGGCAGGCGUGUUGGAAGCCAUCUUUGCUUCUAAGGCUUGCGACAUCCAUAUUGAAGUCAAGACGCUUCGACACUUGGUUAGACGGUGGAGCACUGAGACGCACACUUUUAUUUGUUCGUGGGGAGAGUUCACUCCCACGCUUGAGGAUGUAGCUAAUAUCUUCCAUCUCCCACUUUGCGGCAGCCAAGAUCCUUUCCAUAUUGCAUUAACCGCGGAAGAUGGGCCAAAGCUUGAGAUUUUGCGAAAAGGUGCCCCGACCUCUCCUAGUACCUCUCUAAGAUUCAGUAAUUGGAUUCAGUUUUUUGGGAACAGUGAUCGAGACGAGCCGUGUCGCCUUGCUGCGUUUGUGUCCUUGUGGCUCGGGAGGUUCCUCUUUUGUGAUUUUUCUCAGGACUGCUUGCAUGGGAGAGUGUUUCCGUUGGCUUUGGCAAUAGCACGGGGUAGCAUGAUCCCUUUAGCCCCCAUGUUCUUGGGGCACUUAUAUCGCUUACUUGACCAGAUUCAAUUUCUUGAGAAGGGGGCGGCCGGAACCAUGGCUGUGGAGACUUUUGUAAACUCCAGUUUUCUGCAGAUCUUUUUAUGGGAACGCUUCAAAGGGAUAGAGGUAUCUCCACUCCCUUAUUCAAAGGCUGAGUCACUGGUUGCUUCGGACGAGGAUUCCUACGUGCCGGGUAGUCUUCCUCUGAUCUGUAGAUGGUUCCGUCGCAUGCAACGGAAGGGCCAAAAUUUUUUAGAGCUGCUGGACGAUGUUGAGCAAUUUAUUUUUCGCCCCUAUUGUGCCUCAUCAGAGGGCUUUAAAAGUAUGCCCCUCUAUGCUGAUUCUGCUGCUUUAAUGGAGGCCCUGGCCAUGCCAACACAAGGUUGUCGGUUACGCAGAGAGGCAUUGAUGAGUGCCGCAUGCCUCCCUCUGCCCACAUUCGGUGAUGACCACUUGGAGAUUUCUGUGCAUUAUUCCCCUUACCGGGUUAGACGACAGCUUGGGUUUGACCAAGGUGUGCCCUCUCGUCCCAACCAUGGAGAUUCCUUGAGCUUGCACAGGGUUUUCUGGACUGGUGACAGCGUGCCGGGAGACGGCAGGCCUCUUGCCCUUGCUCUGGCCAGCCGGCAGCGCCUUGAUUCCCACCAUCAUUCAUCAUGCCCGUUUAGUGUCGGAAGAGAAAGCCAUUUCCUGAGCGAGAAGCGAAAUCUGCCUUUAUCUCCAAAAGCGGAGAGAUUGUUGGUGACUUUUUCGAAGCUAAAGCGGAAGUUGGAAAAGUCGGGUUCUCAUAGUGCCGGGAAGAGUGUUGCACAUGGGAAACGGAAGCGUGAGGAAAGCUGCAGUGCCGAGAAAAGGCAAGCUGUAAAAGAACCGAAAAGGUUCAUCCCCAAGGUAGCGGCAGGUGGUCCUCCCAGCUCAAGAAAGGUUGCCUUGCCCGAGUCCUUACAGCAGCAGCCUACAGCUUCCGGCAGCAGCGAGCGAGCAGCUCUCAAAGCUUCAUCUCCUCACAGUACUUCCCAAAGUAAAGGCAAGGGUAAGGGGUUUUCUGCGACCCCAAAACGUCGAAGCAUGCGUAUUCUUGAAACGCGGUUUGCUAAUACCCGAAAGAAUAAGGGUGAAGACUCGGGACCCAAAGUAGUGGUGACGGUUGAUGAUAACAGUGAUGAUGAUAGUGAUGGCGAUGGCGCUGCGGGAACUGAGGCUAACAUUCAUGAGCAAGAGAGUGCUCACGAUACGAGUGGCAUGGACGAGGACUUUGAUGAAGGCCAAUACGAUAGUCACGACGAAGACACCUAUCCGGCUUUCGGCACUAGCUUGGGGGAGUUCGAUGACCCAGAUACGACUCCCGCUUUGACUGGCGAUCAUGGACAGCGUGUCGAUAUUGAACUGGUCGUGCCCGCCAUUGAAGGCACGAUAGGUGCUUCAUCGGAGGCUGAUUUUGCCCUUCCCACUACUGUCGCUGAAGUUGUCCUGAGCCUUCCGGCAGUGCAACCUCCUCCUUCUCCUAACCCAUGUACUCCUGACAUGGCUGCUGAUGCCUCUCCACUACUUCCAACAGUUCCUCCUCCUAUUUCUCCAAUUCCGAACGUACCUGCCAUAGCUUCCGGCACUGCUCUACUUCUUCCAGCAGCACAUCCCCUUACUCUCCCAAUCUCGAGCACACCUGACAUAGCUUCCGGCACCGCUCCACCUCUUCCAGCAGCACAUCUCUGUGAUAAGAAUGUUGAUGCUUUUAUCGCAGGUUCCUCAAAAGGGCCUUCAUUCGAGAAAGGCAUGUCUUGGCAAGAUUGGGAGAAUUCCUACACGGCAUUCAAAGCCUUCUUUGAUGGUGGUGUCACCAUUCUUAGAUCCAUUGAUGAACUUCUUCCGCUUUGCCACAGAUUCGAUGGUUAUGCAACAUUCCAAGGCGCCCUUGUGUAUCCAGAGACGGUUGGAGCCUUGAAAAAGUUCAUGGACAAAUACGGGAGUUUGCUGGAAGCUACAGAUGUCACCUCCUCUUUCUCAAGGGGUACUGCCCUUCGAGCGCUUGGCUUAGUACUUCAUGGGAUGGACACCAUGCAACUCCUUGAUAUUACAGAUCAUAAACUGCUCUGUUGGCGAGAUGCAAUAUGCGAGGCCAUGAUUCUGGGCUUUCCUGUGGAAUUUCUCCUUAAACUCGUGAAGAGCUUAGCACGUGCCGUUUUUGGAGCACGGGCCAUUCGUAGUAUGCAAUUAUCGCAUGAUUCCGAUGAAGUAAAAGCCGCUGCAAACGCCUUGAAUAUUAAACAGCAAGAGUUGGAAAACCAGCGCCGGGAGAUGCAUGCCCUUCUUCUUGCUAAGGGAGUUUCUGUUGACAGCGCUGAGUGCGUGACGGAGGCAGCAGCCAGAUUAUCUCCUGGGGCUUCCUUUGUUCUUUUUGGACAUUCCCCAUAG